AUGCCGUCCAUACGCUCCCUCAUCGCCGAAUUCGGCAUCACUUCCGUCCUCGCCUCCCCGCGCGACGCCCACCUCGUCAUCCUCAUGCGCACCACCCGCAUGAUGGCCUUUGGCGCCGUCUCCCUCAUCUUCGCCCUUUUUCUGUCAGCCAUUGGCUUCUCCGACCUCGCCAUUGGCGUCUUCAUGACGGCCACCCUCGCCGGCGACGUCAUUGUCAGCCUCGUCGUCAGCCUGCUCGCCGAUGCCCUCGGCCGCCGCCGCGUGCUCUUUGCCGGUGCGGCCCUCAUGGCCGCCUCGGGGUUCGCAUUUAUCGUCUUUGAGAAUUACUGGAUUUUAUUGUUAGCCGCUGUUCUGGGCGUUGUCAGCGCUACAGGCGGCGACUUUGGACCCUUUCGGUCGGUUGAAGAAAGUACGCUUGCGCAUUUGACGACGGCGACGACGAGACCGGACGUUAUGAGCUGGUAUGUCACCAUGUCGUCGCUUGGGUCGGCGAUGGGCACGGAGAUUUCGGGAAAAGUGAUCAAGGCGCUCAAGGCGCGCAGUGACGGGAAAGAUGGCAAGGCUAAUACAACGAGGGUGUAUCAUGCCAUGUUUUGGGUCUAUGUCGUGGCUGGCGCUGUGUCCAUGGCUGCGGCAUCGCUUAUGACGGCCAAGUCGGAGGCCGAUGCUAGUACGGUUAAGACACCACAACGAGACGAUGAGGCAGCAGAGGGGCUACUUGAGGUAGACGAAGAAAGAGUUGCUGAUACAGCGACAAGAAAAGAAAAAGAGAGCCUCUGGACAAGACUGACACCGCAGAAUGUUCUCCGUGUCGUAUCGCCCGAGUCACGCGGCGUCGUCAUCAAACUCUGGCUCUUACUUACCAUCGACUCGCUCGCCGACGGCAUGGUCUCGUACGGCCUGACAAACUACUACCUGGCACGCAAGUUUGACCUGUCCGAGUCGUUUCUCGGCGACGUCAUGUCGAUAUGCUACCUGCUUGCCGCCGUGUCCACCAUCUUUGCCAGCCCUCUGUCGCGGCGCCUGGGCCUCGUCAACACCAUGGUCUUUACGCAUAUCCCGUCAUCAGCCGCCGUGCUCUUCUUUCCGCUGCCUCAUAGCCUUGCAUUGACCAUGGUACUGCUGUUUAUCCGCACUGGCCUGAAUAACAUGGACCAAGGGCCGCGGGCGGCGCUCAUCUCGGCUGUCGUUAAGCCUGGCGAGCGUACUGCCGUCAUGGGCAUCACGGCGACGCUCCGCACGCUGGCUUCGACACUGGGACCUAGUUUGACGGGUUUUCUGGCCAACUCGAACCGCUUCUGGAUUGCCUAUGUCUUGGCAGGUGCGUUGCGGUUGGGUUAUGACUUUGGACUGUGGUAUCUGUUUACGGGGAUCAAGACGGACACGGAUGAAAAUGCUGAUGAAGAUGAGCAGUAG